AGGAUGCGGAGAGAGGGACAGAGCACUAGUUGGGAUGGGAAGAGCCGGGAGAGGAGAUCUCUAAUAAUAGCACUGCAGGGAAGCAAGAGCGUGUGGAGAAAAAAGUGGUACAUGCAGCAAAGCGAAUCAUGCCAGCGCAGAGCAAUGAAAGAGUGCGAUGGAGCGAGAGCGGGGAAAGUUGAAAGCACAUGCUCUGCUUUCCUGCAUGCACAAUAGGAACAGCGCAAAGGGCGAAAAGACAAAUAGGAAGCACCAGGAGAAAGACGUUCUCAGUGCAAAGGAAUUGCAACCUCGAGAAACCUGAGAUCUGUGUCCUCUGAAGCUCUUGUGUUUUUGUGAGCACGGCGGUUUGUCAAAUCUUUUCAAAUGGCAACUUUGGACACGUUUGUUAAGUUGCAGCUUGUGUGAGUGUGUGUGUGUAAAACAUGCCCUCCGCUCGGCCUUCAUCCGAUGAUGCAGAGGUGUGAGAGCCACGAAUCCGAGGUCCAGCGGAGCCCUUCAUUGGACAGCGCAGAAUCAGAAUUCACCCGGGCGGCCCAUCGGGGUCACCGCCUGGCCGUGGGGGCCUUCUACGGCUCCCGGGGGUCAAAUGUCAAAGAUCAAGCGGCACAGAGUGACCGUACCGUGGUCGCCGUCCCACCUGGAGGGAAGCCUCAGGAUAAGCGGGUGUCUGCCGGUGGGAAGUACGUUGUGUUUUACUUGGACUUGUCGUUUGUGUUGCUCCUAGAGUUCGAGAAGCUGAAGAUGGCUCGUGGAUGCCUGUGCUGUGUGAAAUACAUGAUGUUCCUCUUCAACCUGCUGUUCUGGUUGUCGGGCUGCGGGUUGUUAGGUGUGGGAAUAUGGCUGUCCGUUUCUCAGGGCAGUUUUGCCACCUUCUCCCCCUCCUUCCCCUCCCUCUCAGCCGCCAAUCUGGUCAUUACCCUGGGCUCCGUCGUCAUGGUAACGGGCUUUCUUGGUUGCCUCGGUGCCAUCAAGGAGAACAAGUGCCUGUUGCUGAGUUUCUUCAUUGUUCUGUUGAUUAUUCUGCUGGCAGAGCUGAUUUUGCUCAUCCUUUUCUUCGUGUACACGGACAAGGUGAGCGAGAACGCUAAGCAGGAUCUGAAAGACGGCCUGAGGCUCUACAACACGGACAAUAACAUCGGUCUCCAUAACGCCUGGAACAUUAUCCAAGCUGAGUGUUGGCAGUGUUGUGGUGUAACUGGGCACACAGACUGGCAUGAUGCCCUGCAGGAGAAAACAGUUCCAGACAGAUGCUGCCAGGAACAUUACAGAGAGUGCGGUCGCAACACUACUAAUGUUUUCUGGUCACAGGGCUGCUAUGAGAAGGUGGAAGAAUGGCUAAACGAUAACAAACAUUUGCUCGGGACCAUCGCAAUGUGUGUGCUGGUCUUACAGCUGCUUGGGAUGGCAUUCUCCAUGACCUUGUACCAGCAGAUCCACAGGGCGGGAAAAAAGUAUGAUGCCUAGAGGAAACCCAGUGUUACACGAUAAAAACUCUCUGAACACCUUAUGUAUUAUUUCCAGCCCAGCUUCAUGCCAUCACAAACUAUUACCAGUGGAUAUGAAGCUGUAUUUUUUUUUUCUCUGCUCGAGUCUAUCAGAUUUAAUUAAACAGAACAGACUGUAGAUAUUUUUGCUCGGCUGCUGAGUGGCAAUUUUUUUUGGCCUGAGGUUUAACAGCAACUGUAAGAUGAAAACUAAUGAAGGGAAUGCAUUGUAAGAAGCAAUUACGGUUUUUUGCAGCUGUUAAGCCAAGCGGUAUUGGAAGUAGUCCGUUAGCGUAUGAACUUUAUAAAUUUGCCCACAUGAUGUAAAAUCGGAUUUUGAAGAUUUGCAACGCUCGUAAAAGGAUACAUUCAUUAUUUCUGUAUUGGACACUUGUGUAGAUGUAGAUGCAGUUCCCUUUGCUGAUGUAAUAUAUCAAUGGCAUGCUGUAUAUAUUUCACAUUCACAUAAAUGUACUGUACAAUUGAACACAAACAAUCCUUUAUCUGAUGACUUAAGUGUUAGGGAGAGUGGGGUAAGAUGUGCCACCCCCGUAGUCUAUUUUUUUUAUUCUUCAGAUUUAUAGAUUUUCAAAAAAGGAUCUCAUAGUUUUUAUUACAUGAUUUAUUACAUUAUUAUCUUUUUAUUAUAAUUUUAUGUAUUUUA